AUGGGUUCCAGAAAAUCCAUUACGACCCAGCAGAAGCCGGUGCUUCUGAAAGACUAUCUAAUGGACGAUCUCAGCUCCUGCUCAUCCAACGGAUUCAAAUCCUUCCCCCGCCGCCACUGCUGCACAACCAACGUCCGGUUCCUCCUCGACAUGGACCUCAAAUCCUCAUGUCAGCCGUCCAUUCGCAAGAUUAAUCAACAAACUCCUAAACUCAACAGAAGCCGUUCCAGAGCCUCAGCCGCUUGCGACGCCGUCAUUAACGCCGUUAAAAGCCUGCCAUUUCACUCCGUCAAGCACCCUUCCCCGGUCUUGAGAAAAGGAGUAAUGCUUAUCCCGCGAAGCCUCUCGCGGGGGCUGCGGAGAAAGAGCUUCUGGAGAAAACAGAGCAAGGAAGAAGAAAAACAAGCGGAGAAGAAGGACAACGGACGGUUGAGAUUGUUCCGUGAAUUUCUCCAGGAAAAAUCUGUACCUUCCGAUCAAACCACAGCCACAACCGCGAUCACAGGCUCUAGACUCUCUACCAGUACCAGAAGCAGUGAGAGUAAAACUGACAGCCACAGUAACCGUAACUGUAACAGUUGGGGUGAGAGUGAAUUUACCUUAGGCUCCGAGAGUUCGAGCGGAAACGACGUCGUGCAGGGUGAAAGGAAGAGUUCAAUUAACAAAGUCAGCGAGAGAGUUGGCGAGGAUUCCGUUUCCAUCGAAAGACCAACCACCACCACCUGCUCACCUCAAAACGCAAAGGAGUGGCUGAAUAUUAAAGAGGAGAAGGAACAGUUUAGUCCAGUGUCCGUACUGGAUUGUCCAUUUGAAGACGAAGAUGAUCAGACUAGCUCACCAUUCGGUUGUAGCCUUGCCCGCAUGCAAGGUACCCAACAAAAACUUAUGCAAAAGAUCAGACGGUUUGAAGGCCUAGCUCAAUUGGAGCCAGUGGACUUAGAGAAGCGAAUGGAUGAAAUAAUGUCAGACUCAGAGGUGGAAGACGAAGCACCCACAUCACCCUUGGUGGGUGCAAACCAUAACCAUGGAGCCCAAAUUGUUAACAGCACCCAAGAAAAAGCAGGAGAGCUGGUGCAGCUGAUCAAAACAAGUAGUGCCCCAGCAAACAAAUUAGUAACUUUGAAGGUAGAGAAGUUGGUGCUGGAUUUGUGCAGAGAUCGAAUGGUCGAAAACAGCGAAGAAAAUGUGGUGAUGAAAGAGGUGAUGAAGGUGGCAGAGGAUUGGAUCAAUGGGCAGUCACAGGAGUUGUUGUUGGGAUGGGAGGUGGAAAAUGGUAGGAAAGUUUACGUGAAUGAUAUGGACAAGUACUGUGGGAAUUGGAGGGAGUUGGAGGAAGAGAAACAAGAGGUGGGUUUGGAGUUGGAAGUUGAGGUUUGGAAUUCUUUGAUGAAAGAGUUGUUACUUGAUAUCUUAAUCUAG